UAAUCAGUUGUGGGAAUGUGGCACUUGCACACACUCCAUGCUCACUUGCCUUUGUCUCAGUUUCACUCAUAAACCCAACCUUUUAGCCCCAACGCCACUCCUUCUUCGUGCUCGCGACCUCCUCCACUCACGAUGCGUACCACGCGAACCUCAACAUCGCCGCCCUCUCACGCGCCGGGAAAGCCGACGCCGCGCGCAAACUGUUCGACGAAAUGCCCAUAAAAGACGUCGUCACGUGGAACUCCAUGCUCUCCGCCUACUGGCAAAACGGCCUUCUCCAACACUCCAAAGCACUCUUCCACUCCAUGCCACUCCGCAACGUCGUUUCCUGGAACUCCAUCAUCGCCGCCUGCGUCCAAAACGACGACCUCCACGACGGGUUCCGCUACUUCGCCGCCGAGUCGUACAACGCCGUGAUCCGAACGUCGUGUCGUACACCGCGAUGGUGGAUGGAUACGCGAGGGUGGAGGGAGGGAUUGGGCGCGCGAGGGCGCUGUUCGAAGCGAUGCCUCGAAGGAACGCGGUGUCGCGGGUUGUGAUGAUUAAUGGUUUGGUGGAGAAUGGAUUGUGCGAGGAAUCGUGGGACGUGUUUGUGAGAAUGCCGCAGAAGAAUGAUGUUGCGAGGACCGCUAUGAUUACUGGGUUUUGUAAAGAAGGGAAGAUGGAAGACGCGAGGACUUUGUUUCAAGAGAUCGCGUUUCUUGGAAUAUAAUCAUAACGGGUUACGCCCAAAAUGGGAGAGGGGAAGAGGCACUGAAUUUGUUUCACAGAUGAUCAGGACCGGUAUGCAACCAGAUGACUUGACUUUUGUUUCAGUUUUCAUUGUCUGUGCAAGUCUUACAUCACUGGAAGAAGGAAGCAAGGCACAUGCUCUUGUAAUUAAGCAUGGCUUUGAUUCAGAUUUGUCAGUGUGUAAUGCCCUGAUUACUAUGCACAGCAAAUGUGGUGGAAUUGUUGAUUUCUGAGUUUACUAUCUGUGUGUUGUCAUGCUGGGAAGAUCGUGAAAGCAUGAAUCUAUUCAGUUUGAUGGUUCAUAAUUAUGGUAUUCCACCAAGGUCUGAACACUAUGCUUGCUUAGUUGAGGUGUUGAGUCGAGCAGGUCAGUUGCAGAGAGCUUGCAAAAUAAUCAAUGACAUGCCAUUCAAGGCAGAUUCCAGCAUCUGGGGUGCUGUGCUUGCAGCCUGUAGUGUUCAUUUAAACGUGGAAUUGGGGGAACUGGCAGCUAGAAUAAUUUUGAAUUUGGAUCCUUUUAAUCCGGAUGCCUAUGUUAUGCUGUCUAAUAUAUAUGCUGCUGCUGGCAAUUGGAAGCAUGCCCAUAGAAUCAGGGUUCUGAUGAAAGAGAAAGGAGUUAAGAAACAAACAGCUUACAGUUGGUUGCAGAUUGGAAACAAAACCCAUUGUUUCGUUGGAGGGGAUCCAUCACAUCCUAAUAUUAAUGAUAUUCAUGUUGCUUUAAGGAGAAUAACAUUACAUAUGAAGGUAAAAGGUAACUAUGAAGAAAUUUUCUUGUAAAAGGUUGCAAGUUAAGAUGGACAAGUCAUAGUAGCUCUAAUUUUUACAGAUAAAAAUCUGGGAAUGAGAAAUUUCAAGCCAAAUGUUCAAUUUAAGAAUUAAUAAUAGGGAGCUGGGAAGGUCUAAGGGAUGACAACAUUGGUAAAUUGAUGUCGUCCAUAUUUAGCUAGAGGAUUCUCUCUCACCAUAAUACCAUAAAUUAUAUUAUUUA